CAAGAGAGGUGGAGGGGUUUUUGAGAUUGAGUUUUCAGUUGAGAUCUGUUCCCUCCUCCGCACGAAGAAGCCUUAUUUAACCCUCCACCUCUCCCUUCUCUCCCAUUCCAGAGCCCAGCCUAAACCUCCUCUCCUUUCUCACUCCAGCUCUCAGCCUCCUGCCACCACUAGCCCGAGAAACAGAGCAAGGAUUCGCUCUUGCUCCUUUCCUAGCCGAGCUAAAAUAAACGUGUACGCGCGGGACGACCUGCCAUGAAGUACGUUGUGGUGACCGGAGGGGUGGUGAGUGGGCUCGGCAAGGGCGUGACGGCCAGCAGCAUCGGCGCCGUGCUCAAGUCCUGCGGCCUCCGGGUCACCACCAUCAAGAUCGAUCCAUACCUCAACACUGAUGCCGGCACCAUGUCUCCGAUUGAGCAUGGCGAGGUCUUUGUUUUGGACGAUGGCGGAGAGGUGGACUUGGACCUUGGAAACUAUGAGCGUUUUCUGGAUAUCAAAUUGACCGGUGACAACAAUAUAACGACAGGAAAGAUCUAUCAGGCUGUCAUUGACAAAGAAAGGAGAGGAGACUACUUGGGGAAAACCGUCCAGGUUGUGCCACAUAUUACAGAUGAAAUACAAGACUGGAUUGAACGUGUGGCGAUGAAUCCGGUCGACGGGAAAGAAGGGCCUCCGGACGUUUGUGUCAUAGAACUCGGCGGCACUAUAGGGGAUAUUGAAUCAAUGCCUUUUAUUGAAGCUUUAGGCCAAUUUUCAUACCGCGUAGGAACUGGAAAUUUCUGCCUGGUCCAUGUCAGUCUUGUUCCAGUUCUAACUGUAGUUGGUGAACAGAAAACUAAGCCCACCCAGCAUAGUGUUCGUGGCCUAAGGGGACUUGGAUUGGCACCUGAUAUUUUAGCAUGUCGCAGCACUGAGCCACUGGAAGAACAUGUGACAGCCAAGCUCUCACAAUUCUGCAACGUUCCAAUUUCAAGUAUCGUGAAUCUCCAUGACGUUACAAACAUUUGGCACAUCCCUUUGUUGCUAAGGGACCAGAAGGCACAUGAAGCUAUUCUUAAAGUUUUAGAUCUUCAGCUUCUUGGCAAGGUACCUCGAGAACCUAAGUUGGCUGAAUGGACUGAAAGAGCCAGCAAGUUAGACAAACUGAAGACUCCGGUUACGAUUGCCGUUGUUGGUAAAUAUACUGGCCUCUCGGAUUCCUACCUGUCUAUUCAAAAGGCUCUUUUGCACGCAUCAGUUGUGAUGGAAAGAAAACUUGUAGUAGAGUGGAUUCCAUCCUGUGAUCUUGAAGAUUCUGCAGCUAAAGAUACCCAUGAAGCCUAUCAAAAAGCAUGGAAACUACUGAAGGGCGCGGACGGUGUACUUGUUCCUGGAGGUUUUGGAGACAGAGGAGUUCAGGGCAAAAUUCUCGCUGCAAAAUAUGCACGGGAGAACAAUGUUCCGUAUCUUGGCAUUUGCUUGGGUAUGCAAAUUGCAGUGAUUGAGUUUGCCCGUUCCGUCAUGAAAUUAUGCAGCGCAAAUAGCACAGAGUUUGAUCCAGCUACAACAUCACCUUGUGUCAUUUUCAUGCCAGAGGGCUCCAGAACCCAAAUGGGGGCGACGAUGCGACUGGGAUCAAGGAGAACAUAUUUCCUAGGCAACAACUGCAAAUCUGGAAAGCUGUACGGCAAUGCUAGCUUCGUCGACGAAAGACAUCGACACAGAUACGAGGUGAACCCUGAAAUAGUCCCAGAGCUAGAGAAGGCCGGGCUUUCAUUUGUUGGCAAGGAUGAAAGUGGAAGUCGAAUGGAGAUCGUUGAACUGCCCAGUCAUGAUUUCUUCAUCGGUGUACAAUUCCAUCCUGAGUUCAAGUCAAGACCAGGAAAGCCAUCUCCACUUUUCUUAGGGUUGAUAGCAGCGGCAUCUGGGCAGCUAGACCUUUUGCUCCAGCGCAGCAGCGGUGUUGUCUCUUCGAACUUGGCACCGAGAUGUAUCACCAAAGGCACCACUGUCCCGGUCAUCAAAGUGUACCCAAACGGGCACAUCAAGAAGCCGUUGAAAAGCCUGGUGAAUGGGUACUACACAAAUAGCAACGGCAUCCACAUCUAGCUGAGCAGCGGCAGCCUGACAUUUUUCUUCUACACCUUUGCUUGUGCCAUUUUUGUCCUUUCGGUUUUGGACUUCUGCUCAACUAAGAAGGCUAAGGGAGUGUUUCUGUGUUUGGUAUGGCAUGGCUCCGCUCCAGGAUUUUUAAAGCUCCGGAUCAAGCUUCUCUCGCACCUGAGGAAAUUCGAUUCAGGAUCUGGAGCUGUGAGAGGAAGUGUUUGGUUACGAGGUUAGCUCCUGAAGCUCCACGACACGCAGUUCCGACAUUUUUAAAGAGGAACAUCCUCCGGUCAUGCUGAAGCAAAGGUAGCCAUGGUAGGGUAUAGUGUGCUGUGUCCGUUUUGUGUUGGACAAGACUGUUUUGUAUCUUGUAUCUGAUUCAAGGAUAUGACGGUGAUGCUGAAUGCUAAUUAAGUCUCACUGCUGUGCCUGCUGCUCUACCAGGUCGGGAAAUUGGAACGGGUUCAUGUUUUCUUAAUGAAAAUAUCCCAGUCCAGAUUCAGGUUUCA